GGGCUGGCGAAAACACUUGGGCUCCGCGCCGAGGCAGCAUCUGAGCUGCUCCCCUUGCGCCCCUGCCCUCAAGGAGGACUCGGAUCGGUCGCCAGCGUUGGGCUCUGGUGGGUGAUAGCACAGAAUGGCAAGGAGCUGUGCCUCUGGGGAACAGAGGAUGAUAAAGAAAACAAAAAUCUCCUUUUCCCAGCUGUUGCAGUGAGGGACAGCAGCGUGGAAUUCUGUGUUCUCCGUGACAUUGAUCCUCCACCGCAAGUGCAAGAAAACGUCUUCAGUUACAGAAACCACAUUCAGCUCAAGGUUCAAGGAGCUAUUUUUGGGUGCUCAACAGCUUCGCUGAACUUCUGUCUAAUAGGUGGGCCAUUGCUGGUGUCAAGAUUGGUUUUUGUAUUUUGUCAUAAUUUACUUUUUAAAUGCAUUUGCAUGAAAAAAGAACAUGGAAGACGCUCCGCUGCCUCUGUUGACCAUGCCAACAGCUCCUUACAGCGACCAGAAACCAGGAACCAGUGGAUUACGGAAGAAGACCUUUUAUUUUGAAUCCAAGACGAACUAUUUGCAGAAUUUUAUCCAGAGUAUAUUUUUUUCCAUAGACUUAAGAGAUCGACAAGGAUCUUCUAUGGUAGUUGGAGGUGAUGGGAGAUACUUUAAUAAGUCUGCAGUGGAACUGAUAGUCCAAAUGGCUGCUGCCAAUGGGAUCGGUCGUUUGGUUAUCGGGCAGAAUGGCAUUCUCUCCACCCCAGCAGUGUCCUGCAUCAUCAGAAAAAUCAAAGCCAUCGGUGGCAUCAUUCUGACAGCCAGCCACAACCCUGGUGGGCCCAAUGGAGAUUUUGGCAUUAAAUUCAACAUUGCCAAUGGAGGUCCUGCCCCUGAAGGUAUCACAGAUAAAAUUUUCCAAAUUAGCAAGAAAAUUGAGGAGUAUGCGAUCUGCCCAGAUCUCCAGGUGGACCUGAGCACCAUUGGGAAACAGCAGUUUGACUUGGAGAACAAAUUUAAACCGUUUACAGUGGAAAUUGUGGACUCGGUAGAAGCUUAUGCAAAUAUGUUGAGGAACAUCUUUGAUUUCAAUGCGUUAAAGGAGCUGCUAUCAGGGAAGAACCAUCUGAAGAUUCGCAUCGAUGCCAUGCACGGAGUUGUGGGCCCAUAUGUAAAAAAGAUCCUGUGUGAGGAACUCGGAGCCCCUGCAAAUUCAGCUGUGAACUGCACCCCCCUAGAGGACUUUGGUGGCCACCAUCCCGACCCCAACUUGACCUACGCUGCUGACCUGGUCCAGACCAUGAAGACGGGAGAGUACGACUUUGGAGCUGCCUUUGAUGGAGAUGGGGAUCGCAACAUGAUUCUUGGGAAACACGGCUUCUUUGUGAACCCCUCCGACUCCGUCGCCGUCAUUGCUGCCAAUAUUUUCAGUAUCCCUUAUUUCCAGCAGACGGGAGUGCGGGGCUUUGCGCGGAGCAUGCCCACCAGCGGGGCUCUUGACAGGGUGGCUCACGCUACAAAGAUUGCUUUGUAUGAAACUCCAACUGGCUGGAAGUUCUUUGGAAACCUGAUGGAUGCAAACAAACUGUCUCUGUGUGGAGAGGAAAGUUUUGGUACUGGCUCCGACCACAUCCGCGAGAAGGAUGGGCUGUGGGCUGUCCUGGCGUGGCUGUCCAUCCUCGCCACCCGCAAGCAGAGCGUGGAGGACAUCAUGAAGGAUCACUGGCAGAAAUACGGCAGGAACUUCUUCACCAGGUACGACUAUGAAGAGGUGGAUGCGGAUGCGGCUAACAAAAUGAUGAAGGAUUUGGAGACUGUGAUGUUUGACCGCUCCUUUGUUGGGAAGCAGUUAUCGUGUGGUGACAAAGUCUACACGGUUGAGAAAGCUGAUAAUUUUGAGUACAACGAUCCUGUGGAUGGAAGCGUCUCCAGAAACCAGGGCUUGCGGCUCAUCUUCUCUGAUGGCUCCCGCAUCAUCUUCAGACUGAGCGGUACUGGCAGUGCUGGAGCAACUGUGCGCUUGUACAUCGACAGCUACGAGAAGGAUGCUCAGAAGAUACAUCAAGACCCACAGGUCAUGCUGGCACCUCUCAUUUCUAUUGCACUGAAACUCUCACAGCUUCACGAAAGAACCGGCCGCACCGGCCCAACCGUCAUCACAUAAAGGCUUGGUCAGACCCUGUGCUGGAGUGCACACCGAGUGAAGGACGUCAGCCCGUCUCCUCUUUCAUUGUCAAAUCUGUCACUAAAAGAGGAAUACUAAUUUUAUUGCUGUAUUUAAGAACACUAUUGCACUGCAAAGGAUAGACAAUAAAACCCAGCCCCUGUCACCACUCUGUGUGCACGUUGCUGUGCUGCUUUUCUGCGUCACACAGCACUGCUGGCAAUUUGUGUAUGGUGCUCAUUAGCACAGCCGUUUGGUUUAGCAUAUGUACUUUUUCUUUUCUUAAACAAAAGGCUCUAGAAAUAACAGAGGGACUAAAUUCUUCAAUAAUCCAGAGGCUUUUUUCUAUCUUGGAAACUUUCCUGGAAAAGAAGCACAAAUGCUUUAUGCUUGUUGAUACAUAGUCUUUUAAAUAGGAUGUCUCUGAAUAAGCAAUGGCUGUGUAUUAAGGCUGAGUAUUUUUCCACUUACGUAGAUUUUUCCCUUUAAAAAAAAAUAAUUAUGUAAAUUGAUCUGCAUUUGCCUUCUGUAUUAGAAAAAACCCACAACAAACCCUCCACAGAGAAAUGAGCAGUAACGAGCAUUGCAGGAUAUUAAAGUGAUAUGGGCUACAAUUA